AAAUAAUCGUCCGUCAAACAUCCCAAAAGAAAAGAAAACAGUUAAUUAAUAAGCAAAUGAUCCUUGCGGUUCUCUUCGCCAAUUCCGUAGGGAAUGUCUUGAUCGAAAGAUUCAAUGGGGUACCAGUUGAGGAACGGCUGCACUGGAGAUGUUUCUUGGUGAAGCUGGGAGCAGAGAAUCUCAUAGGCGUUAAAAACGAGAAGCUCCUUGUUGCUUGUCACAAGUCAGUUUAUAUAGUGUACACAGUGCUAGGUGAUGUUAGCAUCUUCCUUGUUGGCAAAGAUGAGUAUGGUGAACUUGCUUUGGCAGAAGCGUUCUUUAUCAUCACCGCUGCUGUCAAAGAUGUAUGUGGGAAACCUCCAACGGAGAGACUCUUUUUGGAUAAAUAUGGAAGGAUAUGUUUGUGUCUUGAUGAAAUCGUCUGGAAGGGACUUGUGGAGAACACAGACAAAGACAGGAUCAAGAGACUCAUAAGAUUGAAACCUCCUACUGAAUAUUAAUCUGGCAGCUGAUCAGGAGAAAUUCUUCUACUCAAGAGUUGCGAGCCUACUUGUUUCCAGUUUAAUUCCCUUGAUUGAGAAAGAUAAUGUUCUAUCGCCUUCUGUGAAUCCCUAGUCUUUUUUUUUUUUUUUUGCUCUUAUUCUUGGAUUGAAUCAUUCAAAAAGCAAUGUAAAAAAUGUGGGUAAUGGUUCUUGAGUCAUGGAUCACAUAUACUAUGUGAUAAGACAGAACAGAGCAAGUCAAUAUCAUCACAUCAUUUGAAGUUUGUCAAAUUUGUAAUAGUAAUUUCUAAA